GCCUAUAUACAGUAAACCGCGCGCGUCGCGUCUGCUCAUUCCAGCCCCUGCCAGUGCGAGGCGGGUUAGCUUUCGACUGUAUUGCAUCAGGUGCAGGCCCUUCAAGUUAGUCGCAGAACUCCAACGAUCCAUCCAACUCGGAGUCGAGGCUUUAGCGUUCUCACCUAUCGAGACCAGCCAUGUCGAAGACUCUGGAAUCAGCAGCGUCGCUUCCGGUCAACCUGCCUCCUGACGUCGCGCCGCCCAAGAAGAAGCAGCCGUACCCGUUCUGGCUCGGAGGUGUCGCCGCGACAAUCGCUGCAUCCAUAACACACCCACUGGAUUUAACCAAAGUGCGGUUACAGGCGACGGAUGACAAGAGGAUGAUUGCGUCGAUACGCAAGACUGUGCACACGGCUGGUGUACGGGGACUCUUUGACGGUAUUACUGGGACGUGGCUACGCCAAAUGUCAUACUCGGUGUGCCGGUUCUGGGCGUACGACGAGAGCAAGAAGAUCGUAGGAGCAGGUCCAAAUGCACCGGCGUGGAAGCUGGCGCUUGCGGGUAGCAUGGCGGGUGGUAUUGCGGGCCUCGUCGGCAAUCCCGGAGAGAUCAUUAUGGUCCGACUCCAAGGUGACUUGGCCAAGCCACCAGAGAAGCAGUUGGGAUACAAGAAUGCCGUUGAUGGACUUGUCCGCAUGGUCAGGGAGGAAGGUUGGUCAUCCCUAGGACGUGGACUUGGUCCCAACGUCUUCCGAGCAAUCCUAAUGAAUGCGAGUCAAUUGGCGUCAUACGACUUCUUCAAGGCCGAGUUGCUCAAGACCGACUACUUCGAAGAUAACAUUAACGUCCAUGUGACGGCGAGCUUUGCUGCUGGCACAGUAGCAACAACCGUUUGCUCGCCAGCCGACGUCAUCAAGAGCCGGAUCAUGAGCGCCUCGGGCAAGGACGGAUCGUCGACUUUGCAAGUCAUCAGGACGUCGCUCAAGAACGAAGGGCCGAUGUUCAUGUUCCGAGGCUGGCUUCCUGCAUGGACCCGUCUGCAGCCAACUACCAUACUGAUUUUCGUUACGCUGGAGCAGUUGAAGAACCUGGUGGACUAUACCCGCUCGCUCCGCGGGCAGUAGGAGAGGGCACGAUGAGGCGUUUGAACUCGUGUUGUAUGUGAUAUCCUUGUAUGAUGUGUUCCAGUGUACGAAGUGGCUGUGUU